GAUGCGCCCAGACAUCACAUUAUUUGUCUCAGUUGAUCAUGGGUGCUGCCUCUUUCUUCCUCAGAGCUGUAAUCUUUCUAAUAUCAAGUAUCCUCAUUCCUCCAACCACACCCCAUCACGACAAUAUUAGUACUAUUAGUGACGGUUUUGUGGUACAUCUGAUCCACCGUGACUCUCCUUCAUCCCCCUUUUAUGACCCCAAUUUGAGCACCAGUGAUCGGGCCAUUCUGGCAGCUAACCGCUCCAUAGCCCGUCUCAGGUACCUCAACUCACAUACGUCCCAAUCCUUGGUUGAAGAUUUGUCCCCAAAAUUGAUUCCUGAGGGAUUCAGCUAUAUAAUGAUGUACAAUGUGGGAAGCCCCCCUCAUCUAAUAUAUGCCGUUCCUGACACAGGAAGUGGACUCAUAUGGCAUCAGUGCCUUCCAUGCAGAAAGUGUUUCGAACAAACGUCACCUAUUUUCGACCCCUCCAAAUCUUCCACCUACAACACAGUACCGUCUGAUUCUCCAGCCUGUGAGGAGACCUGGGCAUUUCCCUGCGGUAGUGAUGAAAAAGAUUGUUGCUAUAUGAUAGAAUAUGGUGAUGGUGGUACUUCAACUGGAGGAACUCUUUCAAGUGAUGCAUUUGCCUUUGAAGACUCUAACCAGAAUAAGGUUGAUGUUGGCCACUUGGUGUUUGGCUGCUCCGAUUAUACAAUUGGGACUUUUAAAGGCUACGAAGCUGGUGUUGUAGGCCUUAACCGGGAUCCACACUCUUUAGUCUCACAGUUGAAAAUAAAGAAGUUCUCCUACUGCAUGGUGAUACGUGAUGAUCAAGGAUCGGGAAGCAGAAUGUAUUUCGGAUCGCUCUCAGUGCUCAUGGGUGGACAAACUCCAUUUCUACAAGGAGAGCAUAUCUAUUACUAUGUCACUCUUCUGGGAAUCAGUGUUGGAGACGAAAAGGCCCCCUUCCCAGAUGGGAUAUUUGAUAUGACCUCAGAGGGAGGAGGAUUUAUAGUUGAUUCUGGCUCAGAAUUCACGGUAUUAAGGAUGUGCUUCGAGGGGAGUUUUGAUGAACUGGAUGCUGCAGGACCCGACAUAACUUUCCAUUUUGAUGGUGCAGAUGUCAUGCUAACAAAGCAGACUACAUACAUAGAAGCACAAGAGGGGCUAUGGUGCCUUGCAAUGCUACCUUCUGAAGGGCUUGAAGAGAUGUCCCUGCUUGGAAGCUUUCAGCAAAUGAACUAUUAUGUUGGAUAUGACCUUGAUGCUGGGUUCAUUUCUUUUGCUCCUGUGGACUGUGCCGCCUCCUAAUGGAAAACUAUAUUUGUAUCAAGUGUUAACCUUAGGAUUAGGCACAUUAUUGCAUUGCAUUAAUAGCUUUAAUAAACUCGAUUGACGUGUUUCUGGAGUCUGGACCAUUAGGUGCAGAAAAUGCUGUGAAUAUGAAAUCUAUACCACAAUAGCAAUGAGGUUACUUGUAGAUGUAGACCAGAAAAUCAUGAGGGGACCCCGUAAGGGCUCCAUUGUGGUUAGAAUAUAGAUUGAGGGUCACUUGUUAGCUGCAAAAAGUUGGUGUAAGGGAGAUGAAGAUGCAUAAGUACGAAACCAAUCAUUCAUGCUUGCUGUUUCAAGUAAUGUUAGGUGUGGCCCUCAUCUAGAUAUCAAUAAAAACAAGCAGUGGCAUCCAUGAUUUGGAAGAGGUUUCAUCUCAUAUGAGGACUGUUAAGAAAACAGCUCCAGUGACCAAGCACCAAAUCACAGUACAUGGGUUCCACAAGAUUGUGAAUGUUUACCAUUACAAAGCACAAGGGAAUACAGAGGCUGGAUAUGGGUGGUUUCCCCAAAACAUCAAAAGGAUCAUUGAAAUUCAACUACCUUAAAGCAUACAACUAGUCUUAAUAAGUAAAAUUUUCAAAACUAUAAUAUGGUAUUUAGAUUGACUACCAAAUUUACAAAACAAAAGAAUAACUUAAAUUCAGAUAAAUAUCAAAUUCAAGUCACGUCUAAAAUCUAUCACAAGAAGCCAAGCCAUCAGCAAUCUUCUGCUCUGCUACAAAUCCAUGCAUGGAAGUCUCUUAAGAUGUGGGAGUCUGAGGGUCAGUUGCUGAAUUUUGUGGGGGAAGCAACUGAGGGCCCUUUGGAGAAGGAGAAGGAGAGAGUUCGCCUCCAGGGGGUAGGUCAGCAAGACAAGCAAGAACUCGACGAAUACUGACAGACCGGGCUGGUUUGAACCUGUGAGAUCUCUUCGGGUUCUUGGAGAAGAUGUUGGAAGACUUGGAAAGGAUCAGAUAAACCAAAGCUUGGACAAGAACAAACAUGCCCACCUUCAACACCAUGUCUGCUAAGCUGCUCUCAAAGGCCAUGGCUGAAGAUUAGCUAGACUAAUUGAUUUUGUAAGGCUGAUUGGAUCGGAGAGAAGU